AUGGCGAGCAACAACAAUGGAGGUGGAGGUGGAGGCAAGGAAGAGAGAAGAAGAAGGAUUGCAGAGAGAGGUUCGGAUCGCAUGGCAUUAAUCACGGGUCGGAUCAAUGCGCUUCCACCAACACCACCCUCUACGACGUCGUCUCCAACCCAUCGCCAAGCUCAUCGUCAUGCGCAAUCCUUAUUCGAUUCCUAUUCAGAUCACAAUGACAAUUCUCAUCUUCAGACUCGCCAUUUGCGCCCUCAGUCAUUGUCUUCCUCUCCAUUCUCCGAUGAUUACCACGAAGAUCACAUUGGCAGUGAUGGAGAUAAACAUGAUGCCUCUAAUUUUUCCACAAGGCUAAAACAUCAGGGCGGAUUUAAGUAUUCAAACUUCGACAAUCUCGACAACAAAGGUGAAGAGGAAGCUCUAAUGCAAGAUUCUGACACUAUUUCUGAAGUGUCUGAGGGUGAUGGUUCCAAAACAAAACCAUCUUCAGUCACAUCGAGGGGUAAAAAUGCAGCACUUGACACACAGCAACUAAAGAAACUUUGCAGACAUACUUUUUUCUCUUCAAGAGAGCUGAAUUCAAGCAUAAUAGCUUCUGAAACCAUACGUGCCCUCAGUUCUCUGGUAAUAGCAUUGCUGGUAGUAUUUUUUUACGCAAUUUCAGAGAGUAUUGUUGCAUCAAGGCCUCUUUACUUAGUGUUGUUAACUGAUAUUACAAUUGUGCUUGCUCGCCUAUACCGUGAAAAGGCAAGAGUCUUAAAAGAAACUGAGGGAGAAAGAGUUGAAGCACAUGGAGAUGGACACAGUUGGGGAGAUGCAGUUAAACUCUUGGAGAGAGGUUUGGUUGCCUACCAGGCCAUUAGAGGUGUUUUUAUAGAUUGCAGUAUUUAUUUAGUGGUUGUCGUAUGUGGCACCUCCUUCAUGUAG